GCAAAGGAACUCACUCCUAUACAGUCAAAGAAAAAUAUAAAGCCAUAGAAUUGGCACAUCAUACAUCAAAUACAUUUGCUGCUCAAACCUAUUUUCUCGACUUAACAAUGCUUGGUCAUCAAGGCAACCUUUUCAACAAGAAUUCACGAAGAGUUGGCUCUGGACAUCACGUAUUGUUUUCUGAAGAGGAAGCUCAACUCUAUGAAUAG